AUGCAUAUCCUUCGUUGUUUCCUGUAUUCAAGUAGAGCUCCACCUGAAAAGGCUGGUUGCGCUAGUCUUUUCUUGACAGCCACUUUCAGUAUAUGUUCUGUGGUAGAAAGAAAAGCCCGGCUGGAGGAAGCUGUCAAAACCGUGUAUUUUAUGGAGAGUAGAGGUGUAUCACCAAGUUAUGCUACUUACAAUCACCUUCUUCAGGCAUGCAUGGACACGAAGUCUUUGAAUCAUGGCUUAAAGCUGCAUCAGCACUUAAUUUCCAAAAAAUCCAUAAGAUUACCACUCCAAAUCAAGGUGAAGCUUGUAAAGUUGUAUUCUGUUUGUGGUGAGAUUAACAAAGCCCGCCAGCUGUUUGAUGAAAUCCCUCAACCAGACAGUCGGUGUUGGGCUGCCAUGAUAAAUGCCUAUUCCAAGCAUGGCUACCCAAACGAAUCUCUAAAAUUGUAUUCAGAUAUGAAGUUUAAGAAUGGAACUCAACCUGAUAAGUUCAUCUUGUUAGCUGUUGUAAAAGCCUGUUCCAUGUUAUCUGAUUUGGUCAAGGCUAAGGAGAUUCAUGAAGAUGCCGAAAGAUUUUGUCCUUCAUCUAUUUUGGUCAAGAAUGCACUUAUUGAUUUGUAUGGAAAAUGUGGAUGCAUGUAUGGUGCAAAUCUCAUAUUCAAUAAAUUGCCUGAGAAGGAUGUAAUUUCAUGGACUUCCAUGAUUGUUGGCCUUGUUCAGUGUGGUCACUGGGAGGAUGCCUUGCAACUCUUCUCUAAAAUGGUAUUGGCUGCGGUACAACCAAAUUCAGUUACAAUCUCUUCGGUCCUUGCUGCUUGUUCUAGUUUAUUGGAUUUGAAGUUGGGCAGGAUUAUCCAUGGCUAUGUUAUCAGGAUCGGCAUUGAAGAUAAUGUCCUUGUAAGUGGGGCCCUCAUAGACAUGUAUGCGAAGUGCUUGAAUGUUUUGCAUGCUAGGCGCUUGUUUGAUAUUUCUCCACAGAGGGAUGUGGUAUCCUGGAAUGUAAUUUGUGCAGCUUAUCUUCAAAGUGGUGAGGUAGAGAAGGCAAUUCAACUGUUCCAAGAAAUGAAGUCACUGCAGGCUAUGACAAAUGUAGCUUCUUGGAACGUGAUGAUCAGUGGAUGUGCUCAAAAUGGUGAAACAGUGACUGCAAUUGAACUGUUUGAGCAAAUGGUCAAUGAGCGAGUCAAGCCAAAUCAUAUCACCAUUGCCAGCAUUUUACCAGCUUUGAGCAGUGUCGAAUCUAGAAGAGGGAGAGAGUUGCACAGCUAUUGCUUCCGGCAUUGUUUUAUUGAAGAUACCAUUGUGGCUACUGCUGUGAUUAGCAUGUAUGCAAAUUGUGGGAGCUUGAACAUUGGUUUGAAAGUUUUCAAUGAAAUGCUCGAAAGAGAUACUAUAUCUUGGAAUGUUGUAAUUCGUGCAUAUGCUACGCAUGGAUAUGGAAUGGAAGCAUUAGCUGUUUUCCAGAAGAUGCAAAAAAUGGGUGUAAGGCCAAAUGCAGGUACUUUUGCAGGUGUUUUAUCUGCUUGCAGUCAUGCUGGAUUGGUGGAAGAAGGCCAUCAUUUCUUCCACUCCAUGAGUAUGUAUCAUGGGCUUGUGCCUGAUGCUGAUCACUAUGCUUCCAUGGUUGACAUACUCAGCCGUGCUGGUUUGCUUAAUGAUGCAUAUCUAUUCAUACAGAAUAUGCCUGUUAAAGCUACUGCUAGUUCUUGGGGAGCUCUACUUGGUGCCUGCAGGGUAUAUAAGAACAUUACCUUGGGAAAAAUUGCAGCGAGGUACCUAUUUCAGAUUGAACCAGAUAAUCCAGGGAAUUACAUACUGCUUGCAAAUAUGUAUAUUGCAUUAGGAAUGUGGGAAGAUGCAUUGAAUAUGAGGAAGUUAAUGAGGAAUAGAGGGAUUGAGAAAACACCUGGUUGUAGCUGGGUUCAAGUGAGAGGCCAAAUUUACACUUUUGUUGCUGGUGAUAAGUCACAUGUUCAGAAAGAGAAGAUUUAUGCAUACCUACAUGAACUGAAUGAUAAGAUGAAACUAGCAGGUUAUUUGCCAGACACCAGAUUUGCACUGGCAGAUGUGGAUUUUGAAGAGAAAGAAGAAGUUCUUGGUUAUCAUAGUGAGAAAUUGGCAGUUGCCUAUGCAUUGCUCAAUAUGGAGUCAGCUUCUACCGUUUGUAUUUUCAAAAAUAUUCGAAUUUGUGGAGAUUGCCAUAAUGCCAUGAAGUUUUUGUCUGAUAUUACUGGGGUUCGGAUCACAAUCAGAGACUCAAUCCGCUUUCACCACUUUAGCAAUGGAUUCUGUUCUUGUCAGGACUUCUGGUGAUUCAGGGUUGAUAUAUUGCUGCUAUGUAGGUUAGGCCAGUUACCAUUAGGGUUUUUGCAGAAAGUAGCAGCUACAGGCAAGUUGAGAUGAAUUAGAUUACAGUUUGCCACUGCUAUGAUAGAGCAUGUGAAUGAACAAAAUAUUGAACAGAGGGCAUGAUUUAUACUUGCCUGCUUCAAUAGUUUUUUGUUCAAUGCAAGCAGCUUAUAACAGAACAUCACUAAAAAUAUUAUUGGCAUCUUUCUGCCCCUGGAGUUGUGGUGGCACCAAGUAAUGUGCUUAUGGAACCAGAGUUUGAGAACUGGUGCAUGAUGAACUGGUUUGAACCAGUCCUGAGUAUUUUUUAUGUUGGCUUGGCUGCCCAAGUGGAACAUUUUCUCUGCAUCCUUUGAAUGUUCCAAGUGUAAACUUGGAUAAAUGGCAGUAGUCAAGACAAGCUUUUAAGAGAAAUAGCGUCCUUCAUGGCUAGGAUCGUGGACUUUAUGGCUUGUAUUUUGGAUCAUAUGGCAACAAAGUUGCUAUCAUUGAUAGCCAGAUUAAAAGUUUAACAUGGAUUAUGAAGAAAGCUUAUUUGCAUCUUCUACUGAUGGCAUUAGAUUGCCCUGAGCAGUCCACAUUACCGCUGGCUUGCCUGUUGCAAGACAAAGAUGGGAGAUCAAUUAGAAUGAAGAUGAUUUUAGCUUCUUGACACUUACUUUCUCUGGAUCCAAGGCUUUGUCAAGAAGGUAGAGCUGAUAGAGGAUCAUUUCUUUCGCUGGAAAUGUAAUGUCUUGGCUACUGGGCCUACUGCCAUUGCUUUCGAGAUUACCAAAAUUUUAUAUGUUGGUCAAUGUGGACCCUCAAGGCAUCCUUGACUUAGUGAUCGGUUAACUGCUAAGUAGAUAUGAAAUGGUGCUGUUUGCUGACUUUCUAAGAUGUGGUCUUGCUUGUGAAAUUUAAAAACUGCUGCGGACCACUGAUGGACGGCUCAUGGGGCCAAAGAUUUCAAUGAGUUUCUGCAAGCCCACGGUAGAGCGGGGAUUCUUCAGUUCCAGCAUCCUUCUUGCUUGAUGGCUUUAGCCUACUGUUGAAGGCAUGUCGUGUUGCCAAGUAGCCAACACUAAGCGGAGGUUCUUAAAGCAUUCAAACAUGAUAGUUGUUGUUUCAGUAAAAGUCGGCUUCUGUAAUAUGUUCGAAAAUAUUCCAGGAGUUUUCUCUAAUGAAUAAAUACCGUGAUAAUAGUUGUGGUGUUCACUUUAUGAUUUACGUAAUUAAUAAAAUGCUU